GCGACAUGCGGGUCGGGGUGUUCGUGUUCGUGUUCGUGUUGUGAGUGGUGACGGCGGCCCUGGGGGCCCUGGGGGGUUUUGCGGCGGGUUAGGACGGUGAGGAGGGGACGUCAAGACAUGGAAAAAACGCUUCAUGACGUGAUAUGAGGACAAGGAGGCAGUAAAACGGUUUACUUCCGGGGAACAACACGCACGUCCGGUGAUCCGUUCGGAUUCAUUGUAACGGUCGUACUCAUUCAUGUACGAGUUAAAUAGUCUUCUUACUUUUAGGAUGUGUAAUGUGCUUGAGUGACGUUGCACAUGGCUAAUGUUGUCAGCUUAAUUAGCGCAGACAUACGGCGGCGUGUGUAAUAGGUGAACUAGGUGAUCCUUCUCCAAGUAAAACUGACAAAAUGUCAGUCAACCCGAGAUGUGGCCAAAGCCCUGAAAGCGAUGUUCGGAACUGGCAUGCGAGCCUUGUAUGUGUACUGGUGUAUAUGAUCAAGGGUUCAUCGGUGCAAAGGGUAUAUACCGCUACAGGAAGUAGGAGGGCGAAGCGCCUCAGCGCGACGUGCCUGGUCUCCCAAAUUUCCGAGAGGUACCUGGCCAAUGCCAGGGGUGGCGCCUCAGUCAUAGUGGUGCGCAUGCUGCGCCCCGUGCUACAUGGUGAGGUGGGGGGUUGCAUGCCGGAGGCAUCUCAUAGCCUAAUGUUCCUUGGUGGACGGCGACUUGCAGGGCCCACCGGGAAUCUCCAGCGUCAGGUGCUGGCCAGCCAUGUUGUGGCACAGCUAAACCCCUCUAGAGAUCAGCUUGUGACUGCCCUGCCGUGGCGCUUGGAGGACCUGCCGGAGUACAUUUAG